AGCAGGAAGGGACUAAAGCAGAGAACACUGUAAGAUUGCCUUCUCCUUCCCAGUUCCUCUUCUCCCUCCUGUCUAGGCUCUUCCUAGGCCGACCCCACGCAGCACAACCCCCUUCCUUCCUUCUGGAACAAUCUGGGCCUGGAACCAGUUUUGGAGCAUCUCAGAGGGAACUGUCUCUGACUGAGGGCUGGACUCUUCCCCAGGGAGGGGAAACUUGCCAGGAGGACCACUGACAUCUGCCUGAUCACGGUCACCCUGUGCUUCCUGGAGCAGGUUACUGCACUCAUCAGAUACAUGGCACAGCCCACCCAGUCCCUUCACACUCUAUCACCUACAUCCUUCACUUCUACUGUGCCAUACCAUAAGGGUGGGAGCAUCUUAUCUGAAUCGGGUGCCAUGAAUAUUGAAAAAGCCUUGGGAGAAGGGAAGUUGCUGGACAUGGUCUCUGUGGUCAGGGAGACCCUGGAGACAGCAUCCAGUGUCCCAGUGAGCAUUGCAGUGACUGGGGACUCUGGCAACGGCAUGUCCACAUUCAUCAAUGCAUUGCGGAAAAUUGGGCACAAUGAAGAGGACUCAGCUCCCACAGGGGUGGUGAGAACCACCCAGAUUCCCACUUGCUACUCUUUCUCUGACAUCCCCAAUGUGGAGCUGUGGGACCUGCCUGGCACAGGCACUGCCACCCAAAGCCUAGAGACCUAUCUGGAGGAAAUGCAGUUUAGCAAGUAUGACCUCUUCAUCAUCAUUGCAUCUGAACAGUUCAGCAUGAAUCUCGUGAAGCUUGUCAAAAGCAUCCAGGGACAAGGAAAGAGGUUUUACAUCGUCUGGACCAAGUUAGACAGAGACCUCAGUACACGUGUCCUUUCAGAAGAACAACUCCUGCGGAAUAUUCGGGAGAAUAUCAGGGAAACUCUCCACAAGGAGGGAGUGUGUGAACCCAUCAUAUUCCUGGUCUCCAGCUUCAACCCCUUCUUGCAUGACUUCCCAGAGCUCAGGAAAAGCUUGCACAGAGACAUAUCUAACAUUGGGUACCGUGAUCACCUAGAGAACCUAACUCACACCUGUGAAAAGGUCAUUAAUGGCAAAGUGACCACUUUGCAGGGGCAAAUAGGCUCAGAGUCUUUCCAGAACAUCCUUGGCAUCCAGAAUGCAAAUGAUCUUGGGGAGUUUUUGAAUGCCUACCACAGGCUUUUUGGUGUGGAUGAUGACUCUCUCCAGGAGGUGGCCCAAAGUAUGGGAAAACCCAUGGAGGAGUACAAGGCCAUCAUGAAGUCUCAGGAUCUGCACACUGCCCUAGCCUGGAACUGGGCAUUAUCAUGGAUGAAUUGUAAUGCAGCCUCUUACUUAUAUUCAGUUCUGAGCUACAUCCCAAUCUUAGGUACCACUGGUAUCCACUACCUUAAAUGGUGGAGUCAGGGACACCUCCUUGAAAUAGUUGCCGAGGACACCAAGACCAUCCUGAAGAAAAUUCUGGCAGAUGCCAUCAUCUAAACAGUGAGGUCUCAGAAGAUCCUUCUUGGAGAAAGUCAGGACAUCUGAGGUCCUCUCCUCACACUGUACCCUUUCUGAAUUCUCGGUCAAGCUCAGUUACUUCCACUUUUAUCAGUUCUUAGUUCUUUAAUGUAAAUGAGCUGACUAGAUCAUUUUGAACCCAUAUCUCAGCAAACUUUCAAAUACGCCCUACUUCUUAUCAUUUAUUAAAUGAGCUGGGAUCCAAAGGUGGAAACAAAUUGCACAGUGUGACAUACAGUCUCAUUCUGACAUCCCCAUGUCACUUAAUGUUAGCAUCAUUUUUCCAAGGCCUCUUGGUUUGCCCCUGUUCCUUCACUUCUCACCUCUCGGUCCAUGGACUUAUAGAGGCACACCUAGAGGCAGAGGAGAGAACAUCCUUUGGGAUAUUCCCUUUAGGGAAACAUGAUGGGGAGUAUCUGUUUAGCUGUUCUCUGAAAAGUAUUGUGUAAUGGUGCCAGGAUCCAAGGCCAGUCUGGCAUUCUGUAAAGCUCUGCCCUUAUACCUCCCCUCAGUAGAUGUCCAUAUCACUUUAUCCAAAAAAGGAUAUAGGAGAUAAACUGAAGGGUCGCUAUUACUGGCAUGGGAAAAUUGUUGAGUGGAAAAGUAAACCUGACUAUUGUAAAUACCAAACACUGACACUCACACCUCUGAGAGGUUUCAUGCUCUUCACUUACACAUGCUGAUAGUAGGCUUGUCAUAGGAAGUAGUACCUGUUAAAUUAUGUUUGCUAAGGAGAAAUGCUUUUUCACUUAAGGUUAUCUGUUAUGUUGUGUUAUUUGCCAAAGUUACCCCCAAUGUUGUCAAAGGAAACUAAAUUUGACCAUCAGUUUUGAGGGAACUAACCCAUGGUCUAUGAUCUCACUAUUUAUACAGUUAACCGAAACUAUAUAGACUCUAUGAAAAUUCUCCUAAUUGGAAACCAUUCCAGACCCUAGAUCUAGAUUUUUCUCCUUGCUGGGCAUAUAUGUAAUAAAAAUGGCAUUUUAAAACAAUUUUUUCAGAUAAAAUUUGAAACCUCAUUCUCCACCUCCUGGUGGAGAAGUAUCAUAACUGGGUUCUCACCACUGUAGGAAUUAUUCAGUCCUCACAAGAGCAACUGUCCUUCCCUGCAUCAUUCCCCAUCACCACCAUCACCUUACUCUAUUUACCUGGGAAUAUUUCCCCUAGUGUGGAGUCCAAUCUGGAUUUGGUAGACAUCUGAACUAGCCUAAUGUGUAAAAUUUUGGACAAUCUUCAGACUUCUGCUCAAAAAGGAGUGUUUAUCAGAAGUUAUCAUAAAUAGUCACUGGGAUGGAGAGUGAAAUUAGCAUUGAAUGGAAGUGAACUGAAAGAGGCAUAAUGGAGUGGUUAAGAAUCCUAUGGUCAAAUCCUGGCUCCAGCAUGCCCUUGCUGUGUGACCUUGGGCAAGUCAGCUGACAUUUCACUGUCUUAGUUUCCCAAUAGUUAAUAUGGUGAUAAUAUAUCCAUCCACAUCCAGGCAAUGUGAAGAUUUAAUGAGUUAAAGCAUAAAGGACUUAGAAUGGUGCUAAGCAUGUAAUUCUAUAUAUGUUUGGUAUUAUCAUUCCUUCUUUUCAUGGCUAAGAAGGGAUAACACUGAAAGACAGCUUCACCAGAAAGUGAGUGUCCUCAGAUUGUCCAUCCAGUGGAAAAGGAAGAGUCUGCUGGGAGAAACCUGCAAUCACAUGAAAGCCUUGAAAGCAUAGUUGCAUCUUUCUUUUUCAAUUCACCUUGUUCAGUUUUCCUUUAGAAAAUUCAGGAAACAGAUGACAGUCCUAUACACAGCAUUAUCCUGCAUCCUGAGAUCACCAGAGAAUGAGGGAAGAGGGAGAGAAAUGUAGAUGAGUGGUCAAAGGAUUUUAGAGGUCACAGUGGUUAUAGGCGCAGAGUUCUUAGAGUAAACCCAACCCUAACCUGCUUCUCCUGAAUGAUCAUGAGAGGGGGUAAAGAAGAACUCAAACCCACUGGAGCCUCCCAUAGCUGAGCCAAGAAGAAAACCAGGUCAACACCAAAUACCAGAAAGCCUGAGGUCUACUGGGGAAUUUGAGACCAUGUAUUUUACCACAUAAGAAGCUAACAUAGAAAAGCAGUCAAAGACAAAUUAGGAGAGAUAAUCCAGAAGAGAAAGUGAUCAGAACCUCUGAUGAAAGCUUCCUCCUCAGUGUCACAGGGAAUCCCAGCAGGGGUGGGAUCAAAUAGAAAUGGAAAACACAAUCUAGUCCUGCCCCUAGGUCAGUGAUAGGCACUUUUAUUUAUUUUUUUUUAAUUUAUGAUAGUCAGAGAGAGAGAGGCAGAGACACAGGCAGAGGGAGAAGCAGGCUCCAUGCACCGGGAGCCCGAUGUGGGAUUCGAUCCCAGGUCUCCAGGAUCGCGCCCUGGGCCAAAGGCAGGCGCCAAACCGCUGCGCCACCCAGGGAUCCCAGUGAUAGGCACUUUUAGACGGCCUCCAACAUUAUCUCCUAUUUUCAUGGCUUUGUUUAAUCCUUCUCUGGAGUGACUAAUGGAAUAUGGCAGCAAGAAUGGAAUGUCCAAGAAUUCCAAAAUUUUGUUUUGAAAAGUCUGCAGCUCCUGUCUUAUAAAUACUCUUUGUUCACACACUCACUUUCUUUUACCCCUGUUCCUACUCUCUAUCCCCCAAUCUCACCCUUUCUUUCUCCCUCUUCCUCUCCCUCUCUCUGUUCAGUAACCAUAGAAAAUUUAAUCACUUGCCAUCAGGGAAAUACAAAUCAAAACCACAAUGAGAUACCACUUCACACCACUGAGAAUGGGAAAAAUUAACAAGGCAGGAAACCACAAAUGUUGGAGAGGAUGUGGAGAAAAGGGAACCCUCUUACACUGUUGGUGGGAAUGUGAAAUGGUGCAGCCACUCUGGAAAACUGUGUGGAGGUUCCUCAAAGAAUUAAAAAUAGACCUGCCCUAUGACCCAGCAAUUGCACUGUUGGGGAUUUACCCUAAAGGUACAGAUGCGAUGAAACACCGGGACACCUGCACCCCGAUGUUUCUAGCAGCAAUGUCCACAAUAGCCAAACUGUGGAAGGAGCCUCGGUGUCCAUCGAAAGAUGAAUGGAUAAAGAAGAUGUGGUUUAUGUAUACAAUGGAAUAUUCCUCAACCAUUAGAAAUGACAAAUACCCACCAUUUGCUUCAACAUGGAUGGAACUGGAGGGUAUUAUGCUGAGUGAAGUAAGUCAAUCGGAGAAGGACAGUGUAUGUUCUCAUUCAUUUGGGGAAUAUGAAUAAUAGUGAAAGGGAAUAUAAGGGAAGGGAGAAGAAAUGUGUGGGAAAUAUCAGAAAGGGACACAGAUCAUAAAGACUCCUAACUCUGGGAAACGA